UAGAAUACAUAACUCUUUCGGUCCAGUUUUAAUCAUCCAAGCCCCACCAUUUUUAACCCAUACAAGUUCCUGGAUCGGGGUGGCUUUCUCAACUUUAGCGUACAACUUACCAAUUCUGUUCAUAUAUACAAGCAAAGCAAAGUAAGGAUGUCAUUUCAUCAUUGAAGUGGAUAAGAGGAGAGAGAGAUUUUUAAAGAGUGCACUACUCACUUAUAUAUCCUUCCUUAUACUCCACCUGCACUAAUCUAGUAAGAGAUCCAAUUUGAAGCCAUAACUCUUUCCUCCUUUGGUGUUAGAUUUGAUUAUCUUUAUCAAUUGCAUGGCUCGAGCUGACGUAAACCAGAAAGCUAAGGCUGUCGCAGCAACAGUUGCAUGGGUAGUGUGUUGGGGCCUUUUCACAUUGAGUGGUUUUGGUAGCGCAGAGAGAUUUUUGAAAGCCACAGAACCAGGUUACAUUGUUGAGAAAGAAAUGAGACUAGGGUUUGCUCUACGCCUCCUUCAUUUCUUCUGGCAGAGUGGAAAAUCUUCUUAUGAACAUGUUUGGCCGGAUAUGGAAUUUGGGUGGAAAGUGGUGGUGGGAACAGUGAUUGGAUUCUUUGGUGCAGCAUUGGGAAGCGUUGGAGGAGUCGGAGGCGGUGGAAUAUUUGUUCCAAUGCUCACUUUGAUCAUUGGCUUCGACCCCAAGUCUUCUACUGCCAUUUCUAAAUGUAUGAUCAUGGGGGCUGCAGGAUCAACAGUUUAUUACAAUCUGAGACUCAGACACCCGACUUUAGACAUGCCAUUGAUAGACUAUGACCUCGCUUUGCUCUUUCAGCCCAUGCUCAUGCUUGGUAUAAGCAUUGGAGUUGCUUUCAAUGUGAUCUUCGCCGAUUGGAUGGUCACUGUUCUCCUCAUCAUCCUAUUCAUAGGUACAUCAACUAAAGCAUUAUUCAAAGGCAUAGAGACAUGGAAGAAAGAGACGCUGAUGAAGAAGGAAGCAUCAAAGCAGUUGGAAUCAGAGCCCAAACCAGAUGAUGGUUCUGGAGAGCAAUACAAACGACUGCCCAGUGGUCCAGCUGCUUCAGCAGAUGAAGAGGUUUCCCUGCUGUACAACAUUCGAGGGAAAGAGUUGGCACUGCUCUUGUUUGUGUGGGUUGCUUUCCUUGCUGUUCAGAUCUUGAAGACUUAUACUGUAACCUGCUCUAUCAAGUACUGGGUUCUGAACUCCUUGCAGGUACCCAUUGCAGCCUCUGUUACUAUAUUUGAAGCUGUGUCCUUAUGCAAAGGCACUAGGGUGAUCGCAUCCAAGGGAAAGGAAAUCACAAACUGGAAGCCCCAUAUGCUUUUUCUCUAUUGCUGCUGUGGAAUACUAGCUGGCAUGGUGGGAGGAUUACUUGGACUAGGAGGUGGUUUCAUUCUGGGACCCCUUUUCCUGGAAUUGGGAAUUCCUCCUCAGGUGGCAAGCGCAACAUCAACCUUUUCAAUGGUUUUCUCAUCCUCCAUGUCAGUUGUACAAUAUUACCUUCUGAAGCGUUUCCCGGUUCCAUAUGCUGCUUAUUUUGUCUUAGUUGCUACCAUUGCUGCCUUUGCUGGUCAGCACGUAGUAAGGAGGAUUAUAACAUUACUUGGCAGGGCAUCCAUAAUUAUCUUCAUACUGGCUUUGACAAUCUUUGUGAGCGCAAUCAGUCUAGGUGGGGUUGGGAUAGCACAGAUGGUUGAGAAGCUGGAGAAUCAAGAGUAUAUGGGUUUUGAAAAUCUCUGUUACCAGUCCUAGGUCUUCAGAUGGCUUUGCAAUAAUAUCAGUGGUCAGUGGAAUGUUUUCAGCAGAGGAUAAUCAGAUACACACUGCAGUAUCUUACAUAGUCAACUAUUUGUCCAUUUGUUUUCAAGCAGAGAUCAUAAAAGUGUUUUAAGUUUAUGUUAUGUUCAAAUAUCUUGUACUAAAGUCCACUUUAAACCUCCACACCACAGGACGGUCAUGUUUUUUUGGCUUUCAUGAAUAGUGUGUAAUCAAUAUAUCAAC